CCACACAUUUUUUCACCAGCAAAUCUGCAGAUCCCAAAUUCUUGAAAGUUUGAAUAGCUUGAAAUUUGCAUUAAUGGCGGAGGUUCUUCCAGGUAUAUCUCACGGCUACGUGGAGGAAGGCAAACCCUACGGUGAGGGUGUGAAAAACACACACGAAGUGGGUGUUCCGGGAAACCUGAAUCGCACCAAUAGAUCUUCAAGCGAUGAGGAAGAAGGGAGAGAGAAGAUAAAGGAGGGACUGAAGGAGAAGCUUGUUGGACCAAGAAAAGGAGGAGAAGAUGUGUAUCAAGAACAAGAAGGAAAGGAUUGGUGGGAUGAUGUGUAUCAAGAGAAAGAAGAGAAGGAAUGGGAGGAUGAUGUGUAUCAAGAGGAUCGAGUUAAAAAAUGGGUCUAUGGACAAAGAAAAGAAGGGGAAGAUAUGCAUCAAGAGAAAUGGUUCACUGGAUUAGAGAAAGAAUGGGAAGAUAUGCAUCCAGAGAAUCAAGAGAAAUAAUGGUUCUUUGGACAAAGAAAAGAAGGGGAUGAUGUGCAUCACGAGAGUCGAGAAGAAAUGGUUUUCUGACAGAGAAAAAGAGGAGAUGGUGUGCAUCAAGUGAAAGAAGAGAAGAAAUGGGGUGAAGAUGUGCACCAAGAGAAACAAGAGAAUAAAUGGUUCUUUGGACAACAAAAGGAUGAGGAAAAGAUGCAUCAAGAAAACCAAGAGAAGAAAAGAAUUUUUGGAUAGAGAAAUGAACGUGAAGAUGUGCAUUGACAUAAGGAAGAGAAGGGAUGGGGCAAAGACAUGCCUCUAAAGAAACAAGAUAAUAAAUGUUUCCUGGACAUAAGAAAGAAGGGGAACAUGUGCAUCAAGAGAACCAAGAAUCAAUUUUUCUGUAAUGUUGAUAUAUUAAUAAAAAAUAUUUAAUAAUAAUGCUUUUUUUUCUUGUAUUA